GUCAGAGCGGCGCGCGGCCUGGCGGGUGUGUAACGGCCGUUAGGCGAACUGAGGGAUCGACCCGUUGCCGUUGGCAGACGUAGUGCCCGUGGUUGGUGUCCCUGAAUGAGGGACUUCGCUGCCCACUUUCGACCCACUUGGCUCAGAUAACUGUGAUGGCUAUGCAGGAGAAAUACCCAAGUGAGAGGAUGUGCCAGGCCAGUUCACCAAGUUCUGGUGUGAUUCAGAAGGGCAGUUCCUUAGAGACUGAAUGGCAGACCCCAGUUAUCUCAGAGGCCUUUCGGAACCACUUCAGCCGCUGUUCAAGUGUCACUGACAGUGGGGACACAGCCAUUGGCACAUCAUGCUCAGACAUUGCAGAGGAUUUUUGCAGCUCAAGUGGCAGCCCUUCUUUCCAGCCCAUCAAAAGCCAUGCAACUAUUCCAACAGCCCAUGUGAUGCCUUCUACUUUGGGGACUUCUCCUGCCAAGCCAAAUUCUACACCUGCUGGACCCACUUCUUCCAAACUCCCUUUGUCAGUGUCGGCUGAAAGUGUGGGAGUGACAAGAAAUGGAGAUCUUGGUGCAAUGAAACGUUCUCCGGGCCUGUCUAGAGAUCUGAUGUAUCUCUGUGGUGCUGCUGGAGAAAAUGGAAUUGAACACUCCUGGUUUCCAGCAGUGGGCCAUGAAAGAGAGGAAGAGAUGAGGAAAUUUGAUAUUCCCAGCAUGGAGUCUACUCUCAAUCAGUCAGGAGUGAUGGAGACACUUUUUUCUGAUCCUCACUACAGAGUUCACUUCCACAACCCAAGAGCUGACACAAAAAAGGAAUUGUACAAAGUGCUACCUGAGGCCAAGAAGGCACCAGGCAGUGGGGUGGUUUGUGAGCGGAAUGGACCACACCUUAGUGGCAAUGGGGUGCUCCCUUUGGGACUCCAGCCUGCCCCUGGCCUCUCCAAACCUCUACCCUCUCAGGUGUGGUUGCCGAGCCCUGACCCAUGGCAUCCCCGUGACCAAUCUUGUGAGCUCAGCACUUGUCGGCAGCAACUGGAGUUGAUCCGUUUACAGAUGGAGCAAAUGCAGCUUCAGAAUGGAGCCAUCUGCCACCAUCCCACUGCUUUUGCUCCUUCACUGCCCAUCUUAGAGCCAGCACAGUGGAUCAGCAUCUUGAACAGUAAUGAACACCUUCUGAAGGAAAAGGAGCUCCUCAUUGACAAGCAGAGGAAACACAUCUCUCAGCUGGAGCAGAAAGUGAGAGAGAGUGAACUACAAGUCCACAGUGCCCUUUUGGGCCGCCCUUCCCCCUUCGGAGAUGUCUGCUUGCUGAGGCUGCAGGAAUUGCAGCGAGAGAACACUUUCUUACGUGCACAAUUUGCGCAGAAGACAGAAGCCUUGAGCAAAGAAAAGAUCGAGCUUGAAAAGAAACUCUCUGCCUCCGAAGUUGAAGUCCAGCUCAUCAGAGAGUCACUCAAAAUGGCAUUGCAGAAGCAUUCAGAGGAGGGGAAGAAACAGGAAGAAAGGGUCAAGGGUCGGGAUAAACACAUCAAUAAUUUGAAAAAGAAAUGCCAGAAGGAAUCAGAGCAGAACCGGGAGAAGCAGCAGCGUAUUGAGACCUUGGAGCGCUACCUGGCUGACCUGCCCACCCUGGAAGAUCAUCAGAAGCAAAACCAGCAGCUUAAGGAUUCUGAAUUGAGGCGCACAGAGCUGCACGAGAGAGUGACCGAACUGGAAAGUUUGUUGGAGGAGACCGAGGCAGCCUGCAGGGAGAAAGAGGCUCAACUGGAAAGCCUGAGACAGAGGGAAGCAGAAUUCUCCUCCACUAGACAUAGCCUGCAAGAUAAGCAGUGUGUGAAGAAGGCCAACGGAGAAGGUCCAGGCCAUCAGGGAGAAGAUCCGAAAAUGGAAAUAGAGUUUUGGCAGAAGGAAUGUGAUUCCCUCCGAAAGAUUGUGGAGAAGCAGCAGCAGAAGAUGGAUCAAUUGCAUUCACAAGUACAGAGCCUAGAGCAGGAAGUGGCCCAAGAAGAAGGAACAAGCCAGGCCCUGAGGGAGGAGGCCCAGCGGAGGGAGACAGCGCUGCAGCAGCUGCGCACAGCUGUGAAGGAGCUUUCAAUACAAAACCAGGACCUGAUUGAGAAGAAUCUGACACUCCAAGAACACCUGCGCCAGGCCCAACCAGAGACUCCACCUUCACCCGAAACAACCCAGCUGGCACUUGAGCUACACCAGGAGUUGGCCAGUUGCCUGCAAGAUCUGCAGGCUGUCUGCAGCAUUGCAACCCAGAGGGCCCAGGGCCAUGACCCCAAUCUCUCCCUGCUCUUGGGCAUUCACUCUGCACAACACCCAGGGACUCAACUAGACCUGCAGAAACUGGAUGUGAUCAGGAGGAAACUAGAGGAAGUUCAACAGCUGCGCCGUGACAUUGAGGACUUAAGGACCACCAUGUCAGACAGAUAUGCCCAGGACAUGGGUGAAAACUGUGUCACACAGUGAGGAAUGCUAGGGAUGGGACAGGACCUGUUUCCCAGUCCUGCAGAUCCCUGCCCUGACAAUCUCUUGCUUACUGUCUGCUGCUAUUCUCAGAGAGAAGAGGGGGAGGUGAGAAUAUGUUGUGGAGCCAAGGACUGAUUAGGGAAUUGUGCCCACCCUGCCCCACACUGGGUUUGCCUUGUUAGAUGUUUGUUCUGUCAUCCUGAUUCACCCUUUGAUGGUGAGUUACUAAUUAACUUUUGGAGAUAACAACUAAGUCAGCCCUAGGCUGCUCACCUCCCUUCUCCAUCCUCUGGGAUCUAUUUGUUUCAUUCCCACUCCACACCUUGGUCUUGCAGAUGCCCAGAUCUCAUUAGACAGGCCUUGAAAGUCUGAGUACCAGUACCAGUGGCCAUUUGAGAAUUCUCAGGUCCAUUGCCAGCUCUCCUAGGAGCCGAGUUGGCUUUCUGGGUUUUCUCAGGCCCAGUCCCACUGUGUCUUCCUCUGGGUUCUUGUUCUCCCAGAAGCCUCAGGGUGUGAUCCAUUUGUUAGCAAAGUUCCCACUAGGGUGGGGGCUCAGGGAUUGUAGCAAGGCCUCCUUAAUCUACCCAACAAGCCGUUUUAAAAGAGACCCUGCUGCCCUCUGCCCCUGGGGCCCUGACCCUAUGGUUAGCACAGUCCUCUUCGUUUUCAGGCCUUCCAGGCAGCUGCCUUCUUGGGCUUUGAGUGCAAGCUCUUCUCUGUGGUUCUGGGGCUUGGGCAGGAUUUUUCUUCAGAAUGCCCUAGGGCAACUGUCAUAAGCUGCUCACUCUCCCUGGGGCUAGGGCCCAGGCCUGGUCGUCAUAGAUGCCCUUGUAUCUGGGGGGAGUCCUUUCCCUUUUCUGGCUCUGGGCUCCUUGAGAGUUCAGAGUACCCAGUGCAGCUCAACUUUAAGUUAUAGCUUUUAGUAUUUUGUGUUGGUUGGUUGGUUUCUGUUUCUUUCGGGCCUUUGGACCCUCUGCUUUCUGGUUUCUCUUGCCUCCUGGUUGAGGGAGCAUCUCACAGUUGUUUUUGUCUGGCUGUUUUGGCAGGCCCCAGGCCUCCUCUAGAUCUGGAGCAGGCAAAGCAGGGGCUGUGCAAGUAUGGGGGGAGCACUAAGCAGUUUAGGAUCCUAGAGUCAGCCACCAUGAGAUUUUUGCUAAGCUUUGGGCCAUCAGGGCAGUGUCCUGGACCUCACUCCUGGGCCUGAAUGAAUGAGGCUCUUUCUUAAGUGUUUUUAUAAGUUUGUGUUUUAUUUAUGGAGUGACUUAUCCCUUCCAUUCAGAGCAGCCCCACCCGCCCAUCCCCUCAGCCUCUGGGCUUCUGCCUCCUAACAGCAGUGCCUCCUAACAGCAGAGCCGCCUGGUUGGUCUCCACCCUGUGUUGGGAGCCCAGCCACUAUACACACGGGUAUUUUUCCUUGUAAAGUUUAUAAACAGUUAUUUGUAUGAAUCUUGGUUAUUUCAACUGGUUUGUAAUGCCUAUUUUGAUUACAAAAUAAAAUAUUUAACAGAC